AUGGAUCUGCUGGCAAAUGAGAUCAGGACAUCACUACCGCCAAUAACACUUCGAGUGACGAACGUGGUUGGGUAUAUAAUCCUCAUAGCCGUUAACAUUGCGGCCUCGACCGGUCUUCUGGGCCCGACAAACGCAGAAGUCAGCGCCAGACAUCCCACUCCCCUCACACCAGCCGGGUGGGCUUUCAGCAUAUGGGGUAUCAUUUUCGCCCUGCAAGGGCUGGGCGUCGUGUAUCAGGCCAUGCCCCAAGGAUACACCCCGGACGGUUGGAAGCAGCGCAUUGUCAACAGCGUGGGGUACGGGUGGCAGAUUGGAUGGUGCUUUGAGGUGGCAUGGCAGGUGGCCUUCACAGUGGACGCCCCAGCCUCGCCCUGGAUCUGCAUGUUUCUGUUGCUGGGGGCCUUCCUGGGAUUUGCCAUCACACUCCUCAGCCUCUUCAGGUACCUUCCUGGCCUGCAUGCUGUGACAUAG